CAUAUAUAUAUAUUCUAUUUUUUUAUUCAGCAGCCAUCACCGACCGGGUUCCGUUUUUAUAAUUCAAUUUUGUGAAAAUGUCAACUUUUGAUAAAAUCAAGGAGAUCGAGGCCGAAAUGGCCAAGACGCAAAAGAACAAGGCGACGGCCUACCAUCUUGGUACUCUCAAGGCCAAGCUGGCCAAGCUGAAGCGCGAGAUCCUGACACCAGCAAAGAGCGGAGGAGGGCCUGGCGAGGGCUUCGAUGUCGCUGGUACAGGUGUAGCGCGUGUCGGGUUCGUUGGCUUCCCAUCAGUGGGAAAGUCCACGCUUAUGUCCAAGAUGACCGGCACGUUCAGCGAAGUCAGCGAGGUAGAGUUCACGACGCUGACGACUGUUCCCGGAGUGCUGCAGUACAAGGGCGCGAAGAUCCAGAUUCUCGAUCUCCCGGGUAUUAUCGAGGGAGCCAAGGACGGCAAAGGUCGUGGUCGGCAGGUCAUUGCGGUCGCACGCACAUGCUCGCUUAUCUUCCUCGUCCUCGAUGUCCUCAAGCCUUUGACGCACAAGGCAGUGAUUGAGCGCGAGAUGGAGUCUGUAGGUAUUCGGCUGAAUAAGGAGCCACCCAACAUUUUGUUCCGCAAGAAGGACAAGGGUGGAAUCAAUAUGACCAGCACCGUGAACCUGACUAAUCUCGAUCAGGACGUUGUGCGCUCUGUGUUGUCCGAAUACAGGAUUGCCAGCGCCGACAUCAGUUUCCGCUGUGACGCGACUGUCGACGACCUCAUCGACGUUAUCGAGGGAAACCGCGUGUACAUCCCGGCCGUCUAUGUGCUCAACAAAAUUGACCAGAUCUCUAUUGAGGAGCUCGACCUCAUCUACAAAAUCCCCCACGCCGUCCCCGUCAGCGCCCACCAUGAGUGGAACUUUGAUGAGUUGCUGGAAAAGAUGUGGGAGUACCUCAAUCUUGUUCGCAUUUACACCAAGCCCAAGGGCCAGCUGCCUGACUAUUCGGCGCCUGUCGUGCUCAAGAAGGACAAGUCGUCGGUUUAUGACUUUUGUGAUGCCAUUCAUCGCGGUAUUCUGAAGGAGUUUUCGCAUGCGCUUGUCUGGGGCAGUUCCGUCAAGCACAACCCGCAGAAGGUUGGCAAGGAGCACAUCCUGCUUGACGAGGACGUUGUGUCCAUUGCCAAGAAGAAGUAGAAGAUAGAGUCACGUGCCAGCACCCCAAAGUUAGCUAUCUGUUUGUUAAACAGAUAUAUUAUUUUUACAAUUUUUUUGUCGAUUCAAAAACCCUAUUAUUUUACGCAUCAUUUUAACAUCCCC